AUGGCCGACUUGUCUGUCCAGCUUACAGCCCCCAAUGGCCUCACUUGGACCCAACCUAUUGGUCUGUUCAUCAACAACCAAUGGGUCAAGUGUUCGACUGGCGAGAAGAUUGCCAGCAUAAAUCCUACAACCGCAAAGGAAAUCACAUCCAUCCACGCAGCCUCAGCUCAAGAUAUUGAUGCCGCGGUCAAGGCAGCUCGGGCUGCCUUGAAAAACCCAUGUUGGCGGGAUAUGUCCGGUCUUGAACGUGGCAAGCGAAUGAACCGUCUAGCCCAAUUGAUCGAGGACAACCGCCACACGCUCGCCACUAUCGAGACAAUCGACAACGGAAAGCCUUAUUCCGUUUCCUUCAAUGACGAUCUCACCGAGACUGCCGAGACAAUCCGUUACUACAGUGGUUUUGCCGACAAGGUCUUCGGCCAGGUCAUUGAUACAACCCCCGAGAAGUUCGCAUACACCGUGCGGGAACCCGUUGGUGUGUGCGGGCAGAUCAUCCCAUGGAACUUCCCCCUCGCCAUGGCCGCCUGGAAGCUCGGCCCUGCCCUUGCGUGCGGUAACACAGUCGUCCUCAAACCAGCCGAGCAAACCCCUCUUUCCAUCCUCUUCCUUGCCAACCUCAUCGUGGAAGCCGGCUUCCCACCCGGUGUCGUGAACAUCGUGAACGGUCACGGCACAGUCGCCGGAGCCGCCCUCGCGUCGCACAUGGACGUGGACAAGAUCGCGUUCACAGGCAGCACGGCAACAGCCAAGCAGAUAAUGAAGAUGGCGAGCGUGAACCUGAAGAAUAUCACUCUCGAGACAGGAGGCAAGAGUCCUCUCAUCGUGUUCAACGACGCAGACCUCGAGCAGGCGGUGGAGUGGGCUCACAUCGGUAUCAUGUAUAACCAGGGCCAGAUCUGCACUGCCACCUCCCGCAUUCUAGUGCAAGACGAGAUCUACGACCGCUUCCUGGAGGCUUUCAAGGCUCAGGUCAAGAACGUCUCUAAGGUCGGUGAUCCGUUCGAGGAGUCGACUUUCCAGGGUCCCCAGGUCACGAAGGCUCAGUACGAGCGCAUCAUGUCUUACAUCGAUGUCGGCAAGUCUGAGAAGGCAACACUGGUCUCCGGUGGCAAGCCUUUUACUGGUGUCGGUGAUGGGAAGGGUUUCUUCAUUGAGCCUACUAUUUUCACCGAUGUUUCGCCUAAGAUGCGGAUCUACCAGGAAGAGGUCUUUGGUCCCUUCGUUGUGAUUGCGCGUUUCAAGGAAGAGCAGGAUGCUAUUGAGAUGGCCAAUGACACUACCUAUGGCCUAGGAAGUGCUUUGUUCACCACCAAUUUGACUCGUGCGCAUCGCGUCGCGAAGCAGAUUGAGGCCGGUAUGGUUUGGAUUAACUCUAGCAACGAUAGUGAUUGGCGCAUUCCCUUUGGUGGUGUUAAGCAGUCUGGUAUCGGUCGUGAGCUUGGUGAGGCCGGUCUUGCUGCUUAUUCGAAUGUCAAGGCUAUUCAUGUGAACAUGAAGUCAAAGCUUUAG